GAGAAAUUCAAUAAAUUAUAUCUGUGUAUAUAGUAGGACGAGUAUUUAUGUACACAUACAUAGUGUCCUUAUAAUAUAUGAAUAAGUAAAAUUUGGCAUAGUUUUUGCUGCGCGAAAAGUUGAAACAAAAAAUUAACAAGGGAAAUCGCUUCCGGUGCAAUUGGCGUCGACAAACAAUACGCUACCAAACAAAGCUGCUCUACGGCAAGCAAGCAAGCAGUGCUACAAACACAACUACAAAAUGGCUGCGCAAAAUUGCAUUUCGCCAUUUUUACACACCCUCCGAAUGGCUUUCCUCACAUUGCCGUUGUUGAUAGUGCAUACACAGGCGCGAAUCGGCUACUUUUGGCACAUCACAGAUUUGCAUUUGGACACAUACUACUCGACGCAAGGAGAUGUUAUGCACAGUUGCUGGCGGAUUGACGGUCAAUCGCCGAGCGCUGCCAUUCGUUCACCGGGUCGCUUUGGUGAUUACUUCUGCGACAGUCCUUGGAGUCUAAUUGAGUCGGCGGCGAAAGCAAUGAAGUCGCGACAAGGCGACAAUGUCGAAUUCGUGCUAUGGACGGGGGAUGGUUUGUCGCACUCAGCGCUUAAGGAGUCAGACACAAAGAGACUGGAAAUCCUUCGUAAUAUCACCGAUCUACUAGGGCGUACAUUUUCAUCGCAAUUCGUGUUUCCAGUGCUAGGCCAUGAAGAUGGCACAAAUAACUUUCGACAUAUGGGCGAACUUUGGCGGCAUUGGCUGCCAUCGGAGGCAUUGCAUACGUUCGAAAAAGGUGGCUACUACUCCAUUGAACAAACAAAAAGUCGCCUUCGUAUAAUUGCUCUGAAUACAAAUUUCAUGCGUCACGAUCACAAAUCCCAGCCUAGCCAUUUGGCAGCUGUGCGACAGCGCACUCCGAAUGGUGCAGGUGGCAAUGGCGAUUCAGAGUAUAAGACGUAUUACUACCAUCAUGGUUCGAUACAUCAACAUCACGGACAUUCUUCCAGUGACUGGAUGUCGCAUGGUGGUGGCUAUGGUGGCUAUGGCGGUGGACAUCAUCGCGGCAUGAACGCGAUUCCGGCGUUAAGCGUAGGCGAUGGGGGUGGGCGAGUGAGUGCUUUAUCUGAAUACGAGACCCAGGAUGCUGAGAAGCAAUGGGUGUGGCUGGAAGAGGUGCUCAUCAAGUCGAAAGAUAAUAAAGAGACUGUCUACAUUGUGGGACAUAUACCACCCGGUUCAGAUGAGCGCCACAUCGGUUUGCAACAGAAUGGGCACACCACUUUCACCGAAACUAACAACAAACGCUACUUGGAAUUGGUGCGCAAGUACUCGUCAAUAAUACAGGGCCAGUUUUUUGGUCAUUUACAUUCAGAUUCUUUUCGUAUCAUCUAUGAUGACAAUGGCAAACCGGUUUCAUGGAUGAUGAUUUCGCCAUCCGUAACACCACGGAAAUUAAACGUUGGCUCAAAUAAUCCAGCGAUGCGUCUUUACAAAUUCGAUACGGACUCCGGUCAGGUGCUGGACUACACGCAGUACUUUAUGGAUUUACAAUUGGCGAAUCAAGUGGGCGAACCCAACUGGCUUCCGGAAUACAAUCUUACACAUUACUAUGCGCUCAGUGAUAUAUCGGCAAUUUCUUUACACAAUUUUGUGGAUCGUUUCACCAGCAGUGACGGCGCAUGGUUUGGCAAGUAA